AUGGGCAGAAUGCCCAAUGCAUCCAAAAUCUUCAGCCGCAAGCAAUGGCAGAUCCUUGGAGCAGUUUUAAUUCACAGUUCACAAGAGAUCAUCGGAAACUACUGCUUGCCAAACGGCAAGGGACAAACUUUGAGCACUUCCAAGGACGUGAAUAUACUCAAGCCAAUAAGAAAAUGCCGAGGGAUCAGACUACUAUAUGGCCUGCAAGUACAGAUGCGGCAUUCCACGCGCAGGAGAUACGUGCCACAAGGGCCACGGUUAGUUAUGCAGCCGUUGAGCUGUGCAAGCUUCUUGCUUGGGGUGGCCGUCCUAUCGGCCACCCUUGAGCCCUUCGUCGCCAUUGCGCACAGAGAGUUGCUGACGGCAACCGACAGCGUGAGAGGACCGGAAACCAGGCUGGAGCCCACUGUCGACAAAACCAUCACAGACGAGGGAAGCAGAAGCAAUGCACUGACAAGAGGAGAGAUGGUUCUUGGAGAUGCAGCCAUGGAGAAGACGGAUGAUAGAAGCACGGCAAGCUCAGCUGCAAAACAUUCUGUUGGACAAUGUGGGCAUGGAGGAGGGAAGGAUCUGAGUAUGGACUGUUAUUUUAGGAGCAGGAAACUUCAUCCAGGGGCUUACUUCGAUGGCCACAUACCCUUCACCGCUGAUUACCGUAGACCACGGAACCACCCGCCCAAGAACAACUAG